AUGCUGAAUGUUCACUACAAUGUCCAGGGCAGUAAAACAUAUGCCAUUGUUUUCCUUCUUCGCGUGUUUCCCCUGCGUUGCUGCCUCCACAACUACGCUGCUUCCUCCUUUGCUGCCUCCAACCACUUCAGACGCUUCUGCUCCCUACGCCGCCUCCUCCCUACGCCGCCUCCUCGUGGAGCAUCAUCUCCUCGAUCGAGCAGAAGGAAGAGCCGCGACAAGGAGGAUCACGUCACCGUCAUCCGCGACUACCGAUCCAAGAUCGAGUCCGAGAUCUCCAACAUCUGCGACGGUAUUCUCAAGCUCCUCAACUCUCGCCUUAUUCCCUCGGCUUCCUCCGGCGAUUCUAAGGUCUUCUACCUCAAGAUGAAGGGCGAUUACCACAGGUUCCAACAUCAGGUCUCCAACAUCAGAUCUAUUCAUGAGGUUGAAAGUAGGGGAAGGGGGACCGACGGCGCGAGGGACUGGAGGGGGCGGAGGUGGCGAAAAUAGAGUGGCGAAAGGAAGCGUUGGAGAGGGAAUCGAAG